CUUUAACAAAUUAUUUGCUCUAAGGAAUAUUCUAAUAUACUCAGAAAUUUCUUUGGUGGCUCAUUCGCAGGAAAAGUAGGUGCCUUCAGCCACACAAGGAGCUCCUUCUUGCACUGUCAGCACCUGUCUCGUGCCGGGCUGGUUUGUGAGAGGCCAGCUCUCACGCUUCUCCACUGUGACGGCAGGAGCGAAACACCUUCACCUGUUUCCGUGAAUCGCAUUCUACAUCUCUCAUAUUGAUUCCGUCACGUCUCGCAAUCUUCUAUAUCACGCACACAGACGACCAUUGUCAGACAUCUGUGUGUUUUAAGAACCAUCACCCCUCGCCCCGCUUUCGAUACGGCUUGCUCGCCAGUCGACGGCAUUUACACUGCUCACGUCCUCUUCUUAUCAGUUGUUCUAUCAUACAUCAGCUGUCCCUCCAAGGCAUAUUCAAUAGAAUGGGCGAUAAACAAGUUUCCGUCACUUUGACCCCUAUUUCCUUCGAGGAUGACUUCCCUGAGAGGGUCAUCAACCUUGACCCAGAGCGCACCGAAGCUCGCCUUGGUCGCUGCUCCAAGAGCUCCACAAAGAACCUUCUGGCGGCAAAGGAUAAUGGAUUGUUCGAGAGCCCGGUGAUGUCGCGAGACCAUGCUAAACUAUAUAUCAUUCCCCCAUCUUCUUCGGCCGUCUAUGUCAAGGAUUCCGGUUCGAUGCAUGGAACCGCCGUCAACGGGAUGCCACUAGGACGACAUAUUUCAUUUCCGCUCAAAAAUGGCGACAAGCUGAGGUUUGGAACUGCCGUGAGCCGUGGCAACCAAACGUUUAAUGCUCGCGAGGUUCAAGUAAAUAUUGACUGGUCCAAGUGGCAACCACCCACUCCAGAAUCAUCCUCGUCUCCAACUAGAAAAGGCUCGCCAGCAGUAUUCAUCGUGCCAGAUGCUAGCUCUGACUCUGAGCAAGAAGUGACCUUGAUUGCCAGUUCAAAAGUUACUCGAAGAGGCAUUAGGGUUCCCGAAGUAAGCGAUUCAGAAUAUGAUGAUUCGGUGAUAGAAGAUUCCGCAGAACCAACAAUCGAGAUGGAUGUUACCACUUCUGCAGAAAGGAAGACGCUUCGGUCCACUCCAUUGGGGGGCACUCAUACCCGAUUCGACUCUCCAGAAUUCGCUCCGGAAGAAUUGGAUCUAGAAGACAAAGGGGGGAAGAAAAUAACUCCGCAGUCUCCGGCGAGUACUGGAGAAGUGCCCGGUCCCCAUGCCGGAAGUAUCUCCGAAGAAGCGUCCCGCCAAAGUAGUGACAUGGUUGUGGAAGAUAGCAUGUCCGCUCUAGAAGCUGCUACGCCCAAAAAGAUGAUGACUGGGUAUGAAACACCCCAGCGUCAGCAAUCCAAUGAGGAGGAUGCGUUUUAUGACAAUAAUCAUCCGAGCUGGUCCACGGCUCUAUACGGGCAAAUGGAAUCUCAAGAGAGCCCCGGGUACUCUCCAGAACCAUCGCCAAAGUCUGCCAUUCAGGACUAUUUGUCGGAACGGUUGAGCCCGGGCUAUUCCCCAGAGCCAGAGGGUCAGGACAACGCUCAAGAAUUCAAUUAUAAAGAGUCUGAUAGCCCUGGCUACUCUCCUGAGCAUUCUCCUGAGCCAGAUCUUCAACUCAACGCCGAUAACAUCAAAGAUAGCCCUGGAUACUCAGUUGAUGACCUUCCGCAGCGAAUGACACCCGUGUCUUCAAUUCCUUCCCCUAAGAUGAAGGCUGCAUGCUCCCCUCUUCCCUCUCCGGGAUUAAUGGACCCGCGCUUGCCCAAACAGCAUUCAGACUCGGAGGCAGAUUCUUGGCUUCCCUCCGCUGCUGAAAUUGCCGAAAUGGCUUAUCAAAAUUCAUUUUACCCGAAUGAGGUAAAUUUACCCAACUCAAGUCGGCAGAGAUGGUCGGGCUUUGCGAAGAGGCCAAUGAAAGACAUCACUACCCUUCCGGAAUUUCUGAGCGCUCAUCCCGAGAGAGCGGCCACUCCCACAAAUCAGACCAUCUCCCGAAUGACUAUUGGAAGUCUCGUGCAUCAGACUCCAAGCACUGAAAAUGGUAAUGGGGAUAUUAGUUUAUCUGGCGCGCAAGCAGACAGCAAUGCUAUCUCUUCUGUGAAGGAAGAACUACUGCCUCAGUCACUGAAUGAGAGACAAUUCAUUACCCGCGAUCCUCGGCUGAUUAGAAUGUACGAUGAAUCUAAGCUUGAAAGAGGUCUCUGGGAGACGGAGAAAGAUGAGGUUCAGGGGGCGACUUAUCCAUCAGCUGCUGCCGGUACCCAGACCGAGCAUACAGCUGCGUACCAUCUCGAGAAGGAGACCCCUAACCGCAUCUCAAUCAAAGACAUUGUCAAUUAUCCUUCGCCUCCCAAGACUAAGCGGAAGGCUGAUCAGAUUUCAGAAUCAGUUGGCGAGGAUUCUCUUCUCAAUCAUGGUGGCUCAUUGUCCUCACAGGAUUCUGUGAUGCAAGAUGCGCAACCACGAGACUUUCCUCUUUCAUUUUCAGACAUUGAGAUAUUUGUUCCCUUGAAUGGUGGUACCCAAACGUCGUCAUCCGCCGAUCAAUCAGUGCAAACUCAUCAACCUGCUCCUGAGCGGGCCCCCAAGAGAAGAAAGACUACCCACACUUGGCGCCGGAGCUUUCUGACUCACGCGCUCACUGCUUUCACAUCCGCUGUUAUUGGAGGCGCAGGAGUGUUUUUUGGCCUCCUUGCUCUCCCAGAAUCCAACCAGUGAUUGGGACAAUGCGACCAGCUUGUCUCGCUACUCACAGGUAGUCAAUUCUGCUACACUGCACUCUGCCCAUGGUUUCCAAUUUCUUUUCAAUCCUUUACGAAGUUUUUGUUUUUGUUUUGAUUUGCAAUUCACUGGUCUCUACUUUAUGGUCUUGAUUUUCUGUGAGUUGCAUCUUUAUCUUAUAAAUUUUACCUGAUUUUCCAACUUCGCGGGGGUGACUACGUUGGGCAAGGACGUGCGGCGAAUGGCCAGAGGGGAGUUUGUCGAUUUGUUUCUUUCUUUCCUUUCUUCGCUUUUCUCUUUAGCUCUUCUUUUUCUUUCUUUUUUAUCGACGACAUUCGGUCAGUUGUGGCUUCCCUUUUACAGUGUGCAAUUGCACUUAUGGUUUAUAGUUAUUAAGGUCUGGGAGUGUUAGUGACUGCAUCCCUUAUCAACAAUUCAAUAAACAUAUCAACAUAUCACU